GGGGCGGCGGGAGUUUUUGCGAGUAUUUUUACAACGCCGCCAAGUUACGAGCUAGCGUCUCGAGACACACUAGGAAGCCAAAAGCGCAUCCGUCGCGCGCAAGCUGAGAGGAGCCACUGCAGUGCUUGCGGCGCGCGAGACGUUCGUCAGUUUCGCAUCGAUCGAAUCUCCCAGCAGCAGCGCAUUCCUGCAACUUGCGCGCCCGCAGAGCCGCCAAAAAAAGGAGCACACACAAACGAGCGCCGCGCGCGCAAAAGCAGCAAACGAGCGCAAAAAGCAGCCAACGAUGAGCAGCGCCGUCCUCCUCAGCCAGCCCGUCGUAAUAGACAACGGCACCGCAAUCCUAAAGGCCGGCUUCGCGGGCGGCGACCGGCCGACGGUCGUGUUUGACAGUAUCUGUGGGAGGGUCAAGCAUGAGCGCGUCAUGCCCGGCGGCGCGCUGGAAGGUGUGGACGUUGUGAUUGGAGAUGCUUGUAGAAAGCACAGAGGGGCGUUAGUACUAUCAAGACCGAUGGAGAGCGGCCGCGUGACGGACUGGGCGGAUGCAGAAAGAGUGUGGAGUCACGCCUAUAACAUGAUCGAGGCGAGUUACGACGGCCAUCCCCUGCUGAUGACGGAGGCGCCGCUGAAUCCCGACUCCAAUAGGGAGAAAUGUGCGGAGGUGUUGUUUGAGCAUUUAGGUGUUCCUGCUCUCCAUAUCGCGCCGCAAGCGGCUUUGUCGUUGUACGCCGGCGGCAGAACCACAGGUCUCGUCCUAGAUAUUGGGGACGGCGUCGCCCAGGCGGUGCCCGUCUACGAAGGUUUGGCCGUGCGCUCGGCGGUCGUCAGGAGCGAAGUUGGUGGACGGGCCAUCUCGAAGCGCCUUGAGUUAUUACUAAGGAGGGCGGGCUUCCACGCCCAGACGUCUGCUGAAAAGGAGGUCGUGCGCGAGAUCAAGGAACAGUGCUGCUACGUAUCUGCCGACGCGUCGCGCGACGAACAUGCCAUGAGCGCGGCGUUGGCACGGAAGGGGACACUGCCUUCCACAAACUUAGCAGAUGCGCAGCCGCGCUCAUUUAAACUGCCGGACGGGUCUCAUGUCAGGCUGGAGGGCGAAAGGUUCCGCGCGUCGGAGGCGCUAUUUGACCCUUCCGUGCUGGGUAGCGAGGAGCCGGGCGCGGCAGACCUCGUCGCCCUGGCUUGCAGAAGGGCGGACCUGGACCUGCGUGCUACGAUGUACGAGUCCGUUGUUUUAGCUGGUGGCUCGACGCUGUUCCCGGGCUUCGGCGAGCGGCUCGUGAAGGAUCUACGGUCGAAGCUGCCGGAUACGACGAUCCGGGUCCGGGCGCCGCCGGAGCGCGCCCUGUCGUGCUGGAUUGGCGGAUCUAUUUUAGCCUCGCUGGCGACGUUCAAGUCGAUGUGGGUCCUGCGGAGCGAGUACGACGAGCACGGCGCCUCCGUCUUUUCGCGGGGGGCGCUCUAAGUAGGUCAUAUGUGUG